CAUGAAAUUCUGAUACAUCCAAAAGUAAUUUGGACAGGGAAUGAGGAUAUUCUUGUAGGGGAAAUAUUCCCUUGGCUACUGGGGAAGAAUGCAGAAAUGUUGGACUUCCCCACCUGGGUUGGUACUGGGGCUCUCACAAACUUUGAGGAGUGACAGUUUGGGAGGAUGAACCCUUGAUCUGGCAGCCCCAUCAAUCCUGGUCAGAGGCUGCCACCAGGGCUUUGGGGGAGGCCUGGCUCUACAAGGGGGCCCGUUGCACUCUCAGGCCCACUGUCCUGUCUUCUCACUGCAUGGACAGAGCCGUCGGGCUGUCUCCAUCCUCGGGGCUCCUUUCAUCCUUGGGCACACUCUUGCUUCCAGGGCCCUGACUCUCUGCCUUGAUGACAGGUUCCUGGUGGCGUCUGCCCUGUGUGACCCUGAGGUGGCUGCUCACUGUUUACAGCUACAGCUCUGAGCCUUGUCUAGUUCCAGUCCCUCCUCGCUCUCUCCUCCUCUGCCAUCCAGUUCUGGUUAUUAAAGACAGAAGAGGCAGUCUUCAUAAAGACAUUCAUAGGUGUUUGAAGUUCUGAGGAUAUUUGUUGCACUUCUCUCCUUAUGUCUGAACCUGACUGUCCUGUAAAGUAGGCUUGAACAUGAUGUUUCCUUCUUCAGAGUCUGGGUCUACAUUGGUCUGCUCUUUCACAGCCUCCACUAGCGUACCCUGAAACAGAGCAGGGUUUUCCUCAUCUUCUUGGGUUAUGCUCUGAAGCAUGUUGUAAUUUACAGGCUUAAUGAUACAUAUUUUCAUGUCUUCUAUUAGGCAUGUCCUCAUAUGGUUCCUUCCAUCAGAUCUCAUUGUCUCCUAGGAUAGUUCCAGACAGGGUCUAUGCUAGGGACAACUUCAGUCCCAUCAGCUAGGGGAAGACUAAGAACCAAAGGGCACAUAGCAUGGAAGGAAUCUGUCCCAAGUGGCAUGACUUACGAGGUGCAGUUUCAGUGAGCAGGUGCUCCCUGAGAGGAUGAUGACUUUUUUGGCGUCCUGCCACAGUCACUAGAAAGUUGUUUCUGAAACCCUGUUGGUACUUGAGGUGAGCUCUGCUGCAGCCAGGUUUUCUUGUCUCAAGAAAGAAUUCAGUGACAAGAGGAAUGGAGAGGUCAGCACGGGCAGGCCCCAAGAGAGGGGAUGCACCUGGUUGUGCUCUGUCCAGGCUUAACGUGUCAGCCUGUUGCUAGGCUUUAGGCCAAGGUUGGGGGUGGAAAUUCCCAUUCUCACCCCUCCCCCAUCUCAGCUGAUUCUUGGAGUUACUAUCUGGUCUACUUUACCCUCGCCCCUCCUUCCUGCUCUCCAUCUGGCUCUCUUUACUAUGGCUUGAUUCUGACUCUCCAUCUGAGCUGACCAACACCCCUGUCCUACCCACAGUGCCCUCUUCUUGCCUGUCUCAGCAGGGUGGCAUGCAGGCAGUACACCCUGGGAAGUAGAGCUGCUUUUGUUCUGGAUCCUGGAGUCCUGUCUCAGCUCCCAGGAAGCUCCAGUUUUCCACAGUGCUCCCAGAUCCCAGCCCAGGAGGAGCUCCCAGCUUCUGCAUCCUGAGGUGCUGGUGACUGUCUCAGGACCUCCUCUCUGCCACCCACCAUGGUCCAGGGACUGCCCAGCACCACCGGCCUGGCGUACUUCUGCCAGAAGCUGAACCGGGUGAAGCCGCUGGAGGAGUCCACUGCGGAGACAUCAUCGCAUCACCACAUGUCCCUGCUGGACCUGACCCUGCUGAGCAUGGGUAGCAUCGGGGGCCUGAGUCUCUUCACGCUCACAGGUGCCAUAGCCAAGGAACUGGCCGGCCCGGCCAUCACUGUGUCCAUUACCUUGGGCACCAUGGCCUCCCUGCUGGCUUCCCUGAGCUAUGCAGAGUUUGGGGCCCGUGUACCCCACAAGGCCUCUGCCUACCUCUUGACCUACGUGUCCAUGGGUGAGCUGUGGGCUUUCCUAGUGGGCUGGGACAUGCUGCGAAUGUACCUCAUUGGUAGCGCCACUGCGGCCUGGGCCUGGAGCAGCUACCUGGACGCCAUGUUCAGCCACCACAUCAGCAACUUCUUCAAGACCUACCUGGGUGUCUGGCAGGUGCCCUUCCUGGCCCCCUACCCAGAGUUCCUGGCUGCCACCAUCCUCCUUCUGUCCUCUGUCUUUGUCUCCUGUGGAGUCCGUGUGUCCUCCUGGGUCCACUGCACCUUCAGGGCCAUCAGCCUGGGUGUCAUCCUCUUCACCACCAUCCUGGGUUUCAUCCUGGCCCGCCCGCAAAACUGGAGCUCCCAGGAGGGCGGCUUUGCACCCUUCGGCUUCUCAGGCAUCGUAGGGGGCACCACCACCUUCUUCUACGCCUUCAUCGAUUUCGAGAUCAUCGCCACCACCAGUGAGGAGGCUCGGAACCCACGGCAGGCUAUGCCCAAGGCCAUCGUCAUCCGACUGUUCCUGGCGGCCACUGCCUACAUCCUGGUCUCGAUGGCACUGACCCUCAUGGUCCCCUGGCACAGCCUUGACCCAUACACAGCCCUGGCUGAUGCCUUCUUCCAGCGAGGCUACAGCUGGGCCGGCGUCAUCGUGGCAGCCAUCUCCAUCUGCGCCAUGACCAUCAUCCUGCUUUGCAACCUCUACAUCGUGCCGCUCUUCAUCAACGCCAUGGCAGUCGAUGGGCUGCUCUUCCAGCUGUUUGCCCCUGUCCGUCCUCACACGCAGAUCCCCAUGGUGGUCAUCUGGGUCUAUGGAAUCCUCACGGCCACCCUGGCAAUGCUGCUGGAUUCUGAGGCACUGGUGCAGUUACUGUCCAUUGGAAUGCUGCUCCCCUACACCUUCAUGGCUGCCAGCGUGAUUGUGCUGCGCUUCCGGAAGUCCUCUCCACCCAGGUCCCCAGGCCUGGCCAGCUACAGCCCUGGGACUGAGGUUCCAGCACAUUCUGUGGCCCCUGAGCCCGGGCGGCUGCGGCCAGCCCUGAGGCCCUACCUGGGAUUCCUGGACAGGUGUGGACAUGGAACGGCUGUGGCCUGGGCGCUGGGCCUCCUGGUGGCCUCGGCUGUCACCCUGGGCUGUGUGCUGAACUUCGGGGACUCGGUCCUGCACCUGCCUCGCUGGGGCUACAUCCUGCUGCUUCUGUCCAGCGGUGUCGUCUUCCUGCUCAGUCUGGCCAACCUGGGGGCCCACCAGCAGCAGCACCGGCAGGACAUUUUCCAGGUGCCCCUGGUGCCCCUGACACCAGCUAUGAGCAUCCUGCUCAACAUCUGCUUCAUGCUGCAGCUGAGCCUCCUGAGCUGGGUGUGCUUGUUAAUCUGGCUGAUCAUUGGACUCUUCGUGUAUUUUGGCUAUGGCAUCCGGCACAGCAAGCUGAACCUGCAGGAGGCCUUGUGUGGAGACAGCCAGGUGGAGAUGGGGCAGGCCGUGCAGCCACUCAGCCAGUCACCUGCCCAGGAGCCUGGCCAAAUGGAGCAGCCCACUGAGCUAUGAGUCUGGACAGGGUUGUCUGUCCGUCCCUGCAUUUUGGUCCUGGGCAAUCUCCAGCAGGCCUGCCUGGGUUGGGGAGCCUGAGGACAUUAGGACCUGAGCCCCAGUGCCAAGCUCCAGAUCUUCAGGGAUGAGCCGGGGACAACCUGGUGCAGAGGAUGCUCUGCCCUGCACCUGCCAACUGAUCGUCACUAGCUCCAGCUGUGGGUGGGGAGCAGGCAGGGAAGGGGCUUGUGGUCCCAGCAGAUCCACAAUAACACCUACUCAGCUGUGCCUGUUUCCUG